GGACCCCUGGACCCACUCUAUGGCGCCGUGCGCCGCUUCCUCUCCGUGGUACAGCUCAACCCUUUCCCCUCGGACUUGAUAAAAGGCCUGCUGAAUGAGCCGUCCUCCGUGAAGGUAGACGAGGUGUUGCGGUACGAGGCCGGCUAUGUGGUGUGCGCUGUGAUCGCGGGCCUCUACCUCCUGGUGGUGCCCACCACUGGGCUGGGCUUCUGUUGCUGUCGCUGCCGCCGGCGCUGCGGGGGCCGCGUGAAGACGGAGCACAAGGCCUUGGCCUGUGAGCGGGGCACCCUCAUGGCCUUCCUGUUGCUGACCACCCUCAUCCUGCUGAUUGGUGUGGUCUGCGCUUUUGUCACCAACCAGCGCACACACGAGCAGACCCGCCCCAGUGUGGAAGCUGUG